AUGCCCAUGUUCAAUGAAGAUGAUAUGGCGAGGAAGGGUUCUCAUGAUCUCGACUCGCAGCGCCCUGGGGCUUCCCCCAUUCCAAUCCAAACGCCACCAGGUGCGGGGAGGUGGAAUUCACGACGCCUCUCGGAGGAGAGCAUCCGGACUGAGUUAUGUGAAGGUCCUCUUUUGGACAGUCCUCCCCGACCAGAAACGCCCCAGGAGGCCGUUUCGAGGGCAGUCUCAGACAGGGCUGAGCUCAUCGAGAGGCUGAAGCGAGGCGAGAGUCCAACUUGGGUCCCAAAUCGCCAUCUGGAAUCGUUAUUUCAUCACCAGAACAAAGCAUCUUCACCUCCGAGGACCCCUCACUCAACGCGGUCAGAGUCCCCGGGAUUGCUACCGGCACCUACGAUAAGUCCCGAAAAGCAGGAUGCGGUUUCUGACCAGCAAGCCAUCGGUUCACCCUCGCAUGAAGGGUUGAACAUCGAACGUCCCAGGUCGGCCCUCCACAGCGGUGACUUCACCCCAGUGGACGUAUCUCCAGGUUCUGGAGAUACCGGGCACGCUGUUCUUCCGGGGGCCGAGAGCCAUUUCGGUCCGAGUCAUAGUGUGUGGACAGGCACAUCGCCCCCGAGGGACUAUUCCCCGUUCAGCUUCCCUCCGGUUACUGCAGACUACAGAAGAGAGGCGUUCAAAUCCGGCCCUUCAUCUCUGAGCUCCUCACUGUCCUCAAGUUUCGUCUACCAGCCCCCGACAAGUCCACUCGUGCAGUCACAGAGUAAUGAGGAGCUCGAUUUGACCGUACCACUUAAUAGCUUCAAUAUUGAUGCGAAUAGCCCCCGGAACGCGCGCCGUCAUACUCUCAACUUUGGACAUCCAAACCUCGCCAAUACGACCCCGGGAGGCGGCAUGCAAACACCGUUCCGCCGUGAGAGCACAAUUCCGUACCAAGCUCACCAACCCCGACGAUCCUUGAAUUCAACUCCGAAUAACUCAAUUACCGGUGCCUCACCUCAGACACCCGCGUUCCCCCGCCCUCGACGACCAUCGAUCGGCUCCGAGGCUUCGCCUCUUCACCAUGCUUCCAUGGUCGGUUCCUACGAAGAGAGCAUUCUCAGGGGCCGCAUGUCCACCACGCCCUCUAAACCGUUGGAGUUUACGGCACGAAUCGGGGUAUUAGGUCUUGGAAAAUGUAAAGCGAGUCUGCGGUGCCCGGCCCAUGUGACGUUACCUUUCUCAGCCGUCUUCUACAACUAUGGUAGCACAACUUUAGGGGGGGUUAAAGUCGAGGACGGGCCGAGUCCUUACGUUGGCCAGAUUGAUCUUGAGAACAGGUUGCCGGAUUCGGAGGAGGGGCAGCGGACCAAGAGGAAAAUGCAGUCCAGGUAUCAAGAUCUAAAGGGGCCGACAGAGGAUGCCAUUUCAGGACGUGAAACUUCCCCGGCCGAGUUGUCUGGGGGCGACGGCAAUUCAAAAACUAGCAGGUCCAAGCGGACGUCGAGGACCCUCAAAGCACCCCCUGGCGGGGGCUACCGCAUCCCAGAGAAGGGACAGAUACAAAUAAUCAUCAAGAACCAAAACAAAACGGCCGUCAAGCUCUUCCUCAUCCCAUACGACCUCGCGGGAAUGGAGCCCGGCACCAAGACGUUUAUCCGCCAGCGUAGUUAUUCAACGGGGCCCAUCAUCGAAACCGAGGUCUCCAAAGACGCGCCCGUCGCUAGCUCAGACCGCCCAACCCUUCGAUACCUCGUUCACCUACACAUCUGCUGCCCCUCCAAGGGACGACAUUACCUUUACAAAUCCAUCCGCGUUGUGUUUGCGAACCGCGUACCCGACGAUAAGGAGCGGCUCCGGAACGAGGUUACGUACCCCGAUCCGCGGUUCACUCCCUACAAGCCGAUUCGCGCGAUGCACCCGCCCCUCGGAUCUGGGCAUACCCUCAUGGGCGGAGGUGGAUCACCAAGCGCAGCAGCACUCGCCGCUGAUCGAUCGUCCCGUCGACGGAGUUUGGGGUUCCCACACGGCCAAGCGCAAACUCACCUUCAGCCUUACCAACAACACCAACCACAAUUUUCACCCCCUCGCCCACAGCAAUACACGGAACAAAAAGAAACAUACGACAAACUAAGCAGAGGCGAUGCCGGGUAUGGAGGCUACAGAAACCACCACACCGUCAAUAACAACAACCUGACCAAGAUACCCGACGACACCAACGGCCCACAUAACGAGCUGAACACAAACACCAACGCCAGUUUGGCCACAGACACCACUGCUCCUGGUACGGCCGCGGGUGGUGGUAGUAAUACUGCCACGGAGGGUUUACUCUCCCAGCGAUUACGCUCGUUGGGGGUGCAGCAUCCCGCUUGA